UCUUUAAAAAGGGCCAAAUUGUUGAAGCCGGCUGAAAUUUUAGUUCAUAGUCAGGCUACUUUGUCAUCUCAGCUGAAAGAACCUGCCAUCGAAGACCGUCAGGUUGAAGAUGUCCCUAGCGGUAUUCAAUUCGAGAGGCUUACGGAUGCUGACUGUCCUCUUGUUCAGCCAAGCAAUCAACAGACGACCGAAGGAGACUCAAAGUUGGCACAUGCAGAAGUUGCUGCUUCCCAGCCUCCGAAUGUGUCAAGGGCUCGUCGUAUCGACCACUUGGAGACUGCAUCAAUACGCCCUGAAGCCCAUAUCAGGGUGCCGGAAGUCGAUGCCACCGCUACAAUAGUCCAUCUAGUAUGCCCGAAUGUGGAUCCUCUCAUGGAUCGGUCUCCUGCCGGUGCAACGAUAGCCAUCACUGUUCCCGUUCAGGGAGACGAGCCAGACGACAUCUCAUCUACUGCCAUUUCAAUCAGCCGACUGCGCGAACAGCAGAAAGCACUCAAACGUGAACUUUCCAAACAGCGAGCCCUGGCGCGUCAACUCUCUUCGGCUAAACGUGAAACGGAACGUCGAUUACAGGUUCUUACACGUUACGAAGAUCCGACCGGACAAUUCGAGGAACCUUCGACUGGCGUUGUUUACGGCCAUCGCCCUCCAGAGCCUCAGCAGCCUCAGUGUCUUCAUCACCAUCAACAACAUCAUCAUCGUCCUCACCCAGACUGCCACACUCAUCGCCAGGUUCCGCUACAGCAACAGAAGCCACAUCACCACCAGUAUCAUCGGCAUUAUCAGCAACAUCAGGAACAGAAUCAAAAACAGGCUGGAGACGAAGGCGUACAGCUACAUGCUCGACGGUCUUCUCAUCGGAACAAAUCCUUCGACAGACCAGUCACAGAUUCACCAGGUGACCGGACAGCCGAGAGAAGGACGGCUUCUAUGAAAGAUCAAAUGGGUCCACAUCUUGAAUGUAAGGAUGAAGAAGAAGAGGCUUUUGAUGACGAGGAGAAAGCAUAUAGCAAACGUAAUAAAGCAUUCAAGAGGGCGGGAAAGGACCAAAACGAAACAAGAAAGAGUGAAAAAUUAGAGGAGAGACAUGUGAAUGAGAAGGAAAAAGAGGAUAGAGAUAAGUUAUCAGCCGACGAAGCUGAGCCGAGAAACUCGAAGCAUUUGGAUAGAAAAAAGAAAAAAGAGAAGGAGAAAAAGAAAAAGAAAAAAGAGUCUAGCAAUGAUUUCCAUGAGAGGAGGGCUGGUGAAUCCGCCGAUGGGCCGGUUGAUGAUGCAACUGAUUCUGGGAAUCGCACCGGCCACCACAAAAUACGCCCCCACCGAACGAGGCUUCCUCACGAGGACGUCGGGCCUCAGCCGACCAUCGUCCCCGAGUCCAGACUGUCUGAAUCCACCUUUCCACCGGCCUCGGGCAGACCAGAUCGUGCCACUCGAAGGCUGGACUCGGCGUCUGGAGCGAGCGCUGAAGUCCCGGGUACAACGAUAAAACCGUUUACUCUGCCGACUCCACCACCCACCCAGUUACCAGAACACCAAAUUAGGUUUGCAGAUUCACCAGCCUUCUCGAUGACUUCGCCGCCUCCACCACCGCCACUAUCAGCAAUAAUUUGGGGAUCUAAAAUCGAGCUCACCUCGCCACAAUUGGCCACUUUGCCACCAGCCCUUUUGCAGACGCCUCCGAUCUGCGCAUCUCCUCUUCAGUUGGCUGCUGAGGCUGGGCAACCACCCCCGCUCCCGACCGACGUCAGCUCAUCCCCACUAGUCCUACCGCCCGCUCCUCCUCCUCCUCCUCCUCCACCUUUAUCUUCUUCUCAGCUAACUCUUCCUCCGUCCCCAUCGCCCCCUCAUUCUCCUCCGUCCUCGGUACCACCGCCGCCACCGUUGCCACCGCCCCCGCCAAUCUCGCAAAAGCCAAAUGUCCAGAAGACGGCACUAUGUCUGCAGGCUGCCCGUCUUCCAGUUUUCGAGACGGCUGAUCCGACGACUGGUGGAGCCAAUUCACUACAACCUGAGUGA